CUCCAAACCCCGAAGAGUCAAACAGAUCAAAACUUAAAAAGAGCCAGACAUUCGGCGAGAGGCAGUGCGCGUGGGACGGAGGUGGCGUGCUCGCAACGGGCUGAGAAGCCUCUAACAGAGGGGGCAAGCAAGCGAGCAACGUUCGCAAGGACGUCGAGUCCGUAUCGUCAGCACGGUGGCCAAGCGGGUGGGGUGAGAUUUUGGCACGUGGUUAGUUAGAGGGCAUUGAGCCUAUUGGACUUUGUUGUGCUUAGCUUGUGCCAACUGGCAAUCGGGGAUGAGUGCGACACGAAGGACGAACAAUAGGGGACAUCUCUAAGGUGGGAGAGGAGUUAGGUCUAUGUGAGUACGCCAAGAGAAGGCUGAGUGGUUGAGUUGAGGGGUGGGGGGCUAGGUUUGCGUUUGGCAAAGCCAAUAAAGGAGGAGGAGGCCAUUCUCAAUCCCCUCGUCGCCCUCUCGUCAAUUCUCAACCAUGGUGGCCAAGGACUGCCCCCACUACACGGGAGGCAAGCGGGGCAUCGGGCUGCUGGAGAGAGAGCACAGCUGCCCACUCAGGGAAACGCCAGAGGAGCCGAGCCACAAAAGAGUUCGCUCCAAGUCUUCGCUCGUGAACCUCAUCUUCCCCGUCAAGACCGCCGCUGCCAAACACUUUGGCCGAUCCUUACAGCGCACAACGAGCGUGCGCUCGGUGGAGCAGCCCCCCGCUCAGCAGAAGACCCCGCCGGGAAAGAGCCCCCCGGCCCCGGUGACGCCGCCCCAGGCGGGCCCCCCGCCUCGCCGCUCCAACAGCCGCCUGUGGAGCGAGACGUUCACGGUGCGCGACGGCGACGCGCUGCCCUCCUCCGAGAUCAAGCGGCAAGAGACCAUUUUCGAGCUUUUCCAAGGUGAACAAGCCCUCAUCGAGGACCUGCAGCUCGCCAAGAAGGCUUACCACGACCCCAUGCUGAAGUUGGGCAUCAUGAACGAGGAAGAAUUAACAAAGAUAUUUGGAGACCUCGACUCGUUUAUUCCAUUGCACCAAGACCUGGUCAGACGUCUGGAAGAGGCUCGUGGUCCCGACGGCACCGUGAAGGAAGUGGGACAAACCCUCGUCACGUGGCUGCCGUGCCUCAACGCGUACACCAGCUACUGCGGCAACCAGGUGGCGGCCAAGGCGCUGCUGGACCAGAAGAAACGCGACCCGCGCGUGCAGGACUUCCUGCAGCGCUGCAUCGAGUCGCCGUUCAGCCGCAAGCUGGAGCUGUGGAGCUUCCUGGAUGUGCCGCGCUCGCGCCUUGUCAAGUACCCGCUGCUGCUGCGUGAAAUCGAGCGCCACACGCCCGCGGAGCACCCCGACGUCGACCUGCUGCGCCACGCGACGGAGAUCGUCCGGGGCAUCCUCUCGGAGAUCAACUUGCGCACGGGCGAGUCCGAGUGCUGCUUCUACCGCGAGCGGCUCGAGUUUGUGGACGCGCGGCACCGGGACCCGCGCAUCGCCUCGGCGCGUCUCCUGCACUGCCACGGGGAGCUGCGCAACCAACGGGGCACCAAGCUGCACGUGUUUCUGUUUGACGAGGUGCUGGUGCUCACUCGGCCUGGCGCACGCGGAGAGAGAAGUUUCUACCAGGUGUUCCGGCAGCCGGUCCCCACAGCGGAGCUCCGCCUGGAGGAUAUCACGGAGCCAGGGGGAAGAGGCUCCUUCCGUGGGCCCUUUGGGCCAAACGAUCGUGGCAAGAACGCGUUCCGCGUGGGCGUGGGGCCCAUGGGCCGAGGCCACACCCUGCAGGCCGACAGCGCCUACAACAAGCGGCGCUGGCUCGCGUGCCUGGGGACCGCCCUGCACGGACACACCCAGGGCAAGGGUCCCCCGCCAAGCCCCCCCGAGAUCCCCGCCGACGACAGCGGCCCCCCGACGCCCGGUGAAGCGUACAGCGACGCGGAGGAGGCACCCGGAUCGGUGCGCUCCGACAUGGAGCUGUCCCUGGGCGGAUUCUCCGACUCGGAGUCCGAGCGGUCCGAAGUAUCCUCCGUCAUGGACACGAGUGAAGUUCUCCACAUGACCUCCUGGCGAGGCCGCGAGGGCCCCGGGUUUCUGGACGAGAUGUCCAGGGACUGUUUAUCCGACCACGAGGAGGUCUCCAGCGGGCAGGAAGACUGAAGGGAAACGUCCUGUCAAGGGGGCUCCAUCACUCCCCCCUCUUCACGUGACAUCCUCCCAUUGAAUCAUCAACCGACGACUUUCCACACACAGAGACGAAUGACCAGCAUUGACAACAUUGCCGUUGUUGAUCAACGUUGUAUGACAAUAGAAAAAGAGACCGACGGACGGUAUGGGUCCUUUUUUUCUGGCUCCUAUAAUACCCCUUUUCCACUGGCACAGCCGAGCCGAGCCAGCGCAGAGCCCUCACGGUACUACGGGUGGCUUCCUCCCACUGGCAAUUGGCCAUGCCGAGCUAGAACCAAACCGUGGCCCACUGUAAAUCUAGCUCCGGGAGGCCAAGCAGGGCCAGGGGCGGGGUUAAUCACACAUGCAUUGCGUGCAACGUCAAUCGGUGCAAUUCCAACACAGCGUCACCGCGGCAUCUGCGUGCGCCUCGACUAGUUCAUUGCGUUAGCGACAUCAGAGGCACGGCUCGGCUACUGCAGUGGAAAAACAACCUGGCUCCUUCUCGGCCGUGUCCAGCUGGCAAGGUCUGGCGCAGCUACUGUGAGUUGCCCAGUGGAAAUUAGGUGUUUGCUGUGCGGUGUUGGCAGAAGGUAUUGCCACACCUGAAGUGCCUUCAAUGAUAUUAACAAAGAGGCUCGAAGCGCCCCGUCAACUGCUCUUGGGGUUGUUAGUAAAAUGCUGAUCUACGCAUUCAUAUUCAUGUUUCUUUGUAAUAUUUUAAAUGUUGGAUGUUGGGUACCGUAUUGCUGUGAGUGUUAAAUAUAAAGAUCUUUUAAAACGCCAGUUCAUCAAAACUUCCAAACGGGCAGCUGGUGUUUUAAAUGACAACAUCUUUGGUUGGGUUUUUAACAAGGGACUGUGAGAUGGAAUGCCAUCUCUGUAAUUGUCGUGAAUUACUUUUUUUGUUUUAAUCUUAAUCUCCCUUAAAACAGUUGCUCGCAGUCAUGAAGAGGUUCUGUUUCAGUGACCAAUUACCUCUCUGGUUUAAUUUGCCAGCCUAACUCUAUGGAUUGCCGUGAGCGAGUUCAAUCUUCCGUAGGUGUUGCACUCAUUAUUUUGUGCUGCGACAGCCUUUUCGCAUGUUUCGCUACCCACAUUUUAAUGAGGGUGGAGGGGAGAGAGGGGUUCGUGUAGACAUCGGCUAAUUGGAAUCGCCGUUAAAUUGUGGCGGCGGCGUACAAUUGAUGCAGAUCGCCUACUCCUCUAGACGUUGUGAAUAAUUCGUAACGCCACCGCAAAUCCCAACGCUGUUGUGUCACGGCAGGUUUUUGUCAAUGAAUUUCACCCUUCCACUGUGCUAGUUUGAGUGCUGUUUCUCAUCUGCUCGUUGAACGCAGCGCUAUGGGGGCGGGUCAGAAUGCGAAUGUCUGUCACCGACGGCGUCACACCUCGCGUGUGACACGAGGCUCGGCUCGUAGGCAUUCGUUUUUUUAGUGCACGAGCCACCAGGGACGUAUAACCUCACGGUUUCGUAGACUUUAACCUUCUCGAACAAAGGCUUGUCAAAACUUGGGCAUUUCUCCAAACACAUUAAGCCAUGGAAAUAUAAGUCUAAUAGUGCCACACAUGCCUGUGCCAAGACCAGGAGCCUAACGAAAUGCAAAACAAGCCAAUCAGACUUUAGCACAGACCGAACGCAUUCCGCCGCGCUAGCAGGCAGAGCCAAGAUGAGGCUACGCAGUCCGAUCUCAGUGGAUAUCUGCAGACAAUCAGGAGACUUUUAUUCCACAUUAUUAUUGAUGCCAAACAUCUGGCGCCGGUGCUCACUCGAAUGCGAAGUGCGUACGUGUGUGUUUUUUUAUUUUAUUUAUCUCCGCGUUGUUGACAAAUGCUGUACGGGCACAGUGGGCUUUAUUUUAUUUAUUUUUUGUAAUGAAAACUAUUGUGUUGUGGGACGACAUUCAGCCACGUGACAUGUGAUGCCAGUGUUUGUCAUUUAUGGUGCCACUCAAGGUCGCACCUCCUGCUCUUAUUCUUUUGCCUGUUAAUCUGAAGUGUUGAGAGUGUAAAGGCAAUCCCUCAAUAUUUCCUGGUUGCUCAACAGCGGUGCUAAAUUCGUUCCGGUCGUCACCCACCGUGGCAUCGUGCAGGGGGCAUAGACGCAAAGAGGAGGAGGAGGAGGGGAUCCUGAGCAAACUCUGGAUAUGAACCGAGUAGAAUGAGAUUCUCAGCUGCUGACUUUUACACGAAAAGUCACAACUAAAACAUGACUUUUCCGUUUGCGUAUCGAGUGGCACCCUACUUUCUCCAUACAUGGUAUGGAAUAUCAUGUAAUGUGGUUUGCCUCCGCAGUGGCAUUGUCAGCAUUUGCCAACUGCAUUGCCACGAGUUACAUUGGAAUAGAGAAUGUCAGAGAUUCCUUAAGGGAAGUGGAAACCACGAUGGUGGUGUGAAGGUGAAGGCUUCUCUCUGCAGGGCACUGAGCUCCGAUCGAGUAAUCCAUACCAAAUGAAGUAACGAUAAAAGUUCUGCUUGGUCACCCCGGAAGAGUGGAGUUAGCAAAUCCGAUAAUCUAAGCAAUCGAUCGUUAGUUCGAUUGCUCUGCUAAACGGUCGAUCAGAGAAAAAAGUGGGGUAAAUAAAAUUUUACCUCUAUUCCCCGCGUGGGCCGCUGAAUGUGGAGGUGAUGGAGUGAGCACCAACAACGCAUCUGAGCGAGCAGCGUCUUUGUGGCAUGCCAGCGUCGUGAAUAGCUUUGAAAAUGUAUCUUUGGCAUUGAGAGUCAAGAAUUGUUCGUUCGGGGCAUUGGGUUCCAUAUGUAUGUACGUACGUGUGUGCGUUUUUUAAGCUUGUUUGUGCUUAUUAAGAUUCCACUUUCUUGGAAGGGAAAUUGAGCCAAAGGAUUAAUCUUGGUUGAUGUAGAGUAUUCGGUGAUUAAUUAAGUGCAAACCGGCCUGUGUACAAAUACGCAAUCAUAUGACGAUAAAGCAGUUGGCAUAUGUACAGGAGCCGUAAAUGAUUUCACUGCUCAUUGAUGCAAUUUAAGAGGGCUGAUUAAUGUGCAGAUAUGGACUGGGUAUGACCACCAGAACCAGAUAUGGCCCAUCACUGAGAACUCAAAACCGUUGAGACCACCACUGGUACAUUUUACAUGUUUAUCGAUUAUGUUAGCGUAUUGUGCCUACUUUACGUUCAAAUGGCAAUCCUAAUUUACAAGGUAAUUCAAUCAAUAAGCAGUUUUAAAUCGAAAUCAUUGUAUUAUUGACGCAGUAUCUGCGUACACUAAGAAAGCAUUGGUUGAAGUAGAAACCUGAAAACAAUUGGUCCUCAAGUACUGCACUCCAGUAAUAUUAGCGUUGUGUACCGGCGACAGACAAAAUCUACUGUAGCAGAGAUUUUUUUCGAAAUCUUGCCUUGAAAUAUAUUAAUCUAGUCAAGAUUUGAGCCUUAAAGUAGAUUUUAAGCUACAAGUGUAUAUAGUAUCAUUUGGCAUCUGGGGGUUGUUUGUGUAGGGUUUCUGUAGCAUUCACGGAUUAAUAAGAACUCUAUCCCGCAAUUUGAAAAACGUGCCAAAUAGGUAUGAUAUAUACCUUGCCGUGCUACUACUUUGCAGAAGGGCCUUCACUGCAGAGAGCUCUAGAGAGCUCCUCUAGAAGGUAGUGUGGCCUACUUUUCCACUCUGGCUUGAGGUUUUGGAUGAAGCGAGACUACCCACACUUUACCCCACCAAAUAUACGACUUGUCGAUCGACACGUCUAAUGAUGGAUAGGCAGAGGCACGGGGCAUUUAAUAAACUUGCCACCAUUGUUUCAGCUUCCACGCCAGGAGAUCGAAUUGAACCAGUGACCUCUGGAUUGCUGGCCCACCCCACUGCUAACUAACCCUUACACCACUGCAGCAUCUUUGCCAAAUUAGUAUUCCCUUAACAAAAAAGAAUGAGACUUGGAGAAAAGGAGUAUUAUGGUAUGGGGUGUAUUCGUUGCCAGGUUUUCAGCUGCAUGAGUUAAGAGUCAAGGUAAGAUUGAUUAAAAUGAAAUUCCAUUCUCUACCCCUUUGUUGUUUCUCCAGAAGAUGUUUUUUUAAAUGAAAAAAUUACAAUGGCAUUUUUGUUUCAUGGCAUAAUCUCACCUGACAUUGCAAAACCGUGUCGAAAUACUCUUCUGCCAUGCGGUACCAAAUCGUGGUUCAUGUGUUAAGGUCGAUUGAACAAGACUAUUAUAUUUUUUUAUUAUAAGUUGUAUAAUUUGGCGUUGGCUCAAACUAAACAUCACGCCUGGUUAAUUUGUCUUAUCAUUGAUAGAGUUCUUUUUAAUGAAAUUUUAUUUUAAUUUCUUUUAAUAUACAGUACUACAAAGGUAAUUAGGUUGUUAGCUCUUAAAUACAUAUUUAAUUUUUUAUUGAUUUCUGAUGGUAUAUUUAAUCAAGCAUGCAGAUACCUGCAGUUUAAAAUUAGCUCGUAAGUUAUUUUCACUAUAUAUAGUAAAAGUACUAUAUAUAAAAUGAAUACGUGAGGGUUUUUUUGGUGACAAUUUUCAACCAUACUUAAGACGAUGUUGAGAGAAAAAUGAACAAUGAAUUGUAAGACUGAUAGAAACUGACAAGAACAAGUCUGUGUUGAGUGAUUAUAAUGUUUGAAGGGCUUCCAAUGGAUUUCACAUCUCAUUUUUACAUACGGUACAACAUAGAUCUGGUCCGCCAGGCACUAACGUACAGGCGGACACAUGGCAAGGUCAUAUAUGUGAACGUCCAUGGAGAAUGACAGCGACACCAUGCAUAUAUACUGCACUGGGAUGUGGGCAGUGAAUUGGUCAGGGAGAAUAUGUGACGGUUCGGAUAUUUGACGUUUAUAAUGUCUGCUUCCCACCUCUUAAGCAGCACCACUGCAUGCAGGGUAACAUGUGUAAAUGUUAGCUUGGUUUAAAACUUGACAAAGAGGUUUGGCAGUUUUCGUUGCGUUUUUCCCAUGGUGUGGUGAAUCGAUGUCGUAAAUUGGAUUGUUGGAAGACGUGAAUUAAGGCGGCGUGGCUCAGUUGCAACGAAGUUUGCGUCACAAAAUAAGGCAUUGCCUUGAAAUGCAAUUCGCCGAGAAAGACUUGGAAAGUUGGCUGCACAGUAAGAGAACGUGUUAAGGUGGUCUGCGGAUGUAAUAUGGGGGUGCUUGAAGCACCGUUGGUCGGAAAGGAAUGCACUGUACACUAUAUAUGGCAGGUGGUCUCAAGUCCUACAUCGCAAAUGAAAAGUGUGCAGACUCGUACGUGACUCAUAAUAAAGGUUUUUGGGUUAGAUCGCGUUAUUUAUAAAUGUGUCGAAACCCUCCACCACCCGACACGGCCAAUCAGCUAAAUAAAGUGUCACGUUGACAAAAGACAAUUAGUUCACUACUUUAGCCCACCGGUGUGUUGAAGAGUGAAUCCACAACAUUUACAGUUUGAAUACGACGUUUCGCUGGUAAUUGCAUCCAGCAUCAUCGGGCAAUUCGCCAGAAUCGUACGUGACUGCACAUUAUACUCCAGUUGUAACUCACAACGUGGCUUACUUUCAGCCUGGGGCUGUCUAGGGCUGAGCUCCAGAAAACCCAGUCACCAUACGCUCGUGUGAGUAUAAUAUCUGCCUCCCAGUACUACUGGUCGUGGCAGCGCUUUAAAUAGAGGAGAUCUUCCUUUUCAAAAAUACUAAGACCACCGAUCAUGUAUGUACGUGUACCGCUGUAUCGUGUAAUGGUAAGGUUUGUCGUAAAUGAAGGUAUUGGAAAAGGGAUGAAUAGGACAAAACAAAUGAACGGAAACACUGCUUCAGGUCUGCAUUUAUUUAUUUUUUUGCCAAUUGACACGCGCGUGUCAAGAGGCAAAGCUUUACCACCAUUACAAAACACAGCGGAAUUAUUAAACAGUUUAGUUGUAUUUCUUUUUUAAUGCAAAACACUCGGCAUCCACAAAACAGUACUUUUUAAAAUGAAAUUACUUCAUGCUGGCCUUUUGCAGUGGUACCGUGACUUUGUGUCCAAUGGUAAAAAAGGUAUUUUAAGAGUACAGCUUUGGUGACUCAGAGGACUGAUGUCGUAAUGUUUUUAGGGAAUGUUUAUUUUUAGUUAAAAGGGAACGACUUCCAAUGGUCUACACAAGGAGCAGGUGGCUGAUGAGAGGCGCCGCGCAUCAAGGUGACUGACUGUGCAAUCGGCCAACACAAUGGAGAGCGGAGGAAACAAAUCCCCUCUUAAAUUUCAACAACCACGUCUCCACUUUCGGAUGGAAUUCCGCCCUACCCAACCCAGCCCCCCUGAUAAACUUUAAUUUUUCGCAACACAUGAUUUUUCAUCGCCACUUUCGUUACAAAGUGCCCGGAUUUGCUCUCGAUGUACACUGGCUAUGAGCAGUAAUAGCCACGAGGUGCUUGUUCAGUUAUCUCCCCCCGGGAGGUGAUUUCAAGAGACAGUCUCGGAAACGAUUUCGAUGGAUUCCUGAAGUCAAAAUGUGAUUCCAUUGUCACAUUGACAACCGCCACGAUUUACAAAGUGUGUUUUAUGAUUUUAGCGUCCAUUUGAUCAGCAGAACGAUUCAGCGUGCUGCCGUACAGCUUUGCAGUGGCUGCACGCGUGCGUGUGCCUCGUGUGUUUUAUUUUACGGUCGUAGGAAGUGGCUGAGAGAUAGGCACAAGGUGGCGUCUUGAUUUGUUACUGACUGUGCUUGGGUUGCUGUCUUCUUCUGUAUGGGGCAUGUACAUUUGUAAAGUACACUGUAAAUUGUUACCAAAUAAAAUGUUGGAAAAUUGUUUUUUUAUAUAUAUAAAAAGUCUACCUUGACCGUA